AUGAACGCUGGAGUUGCUGAAUCUACUAUUGAGCGUGCCAUUUCUGGAAUCUGCGAACUGGAUUCAGUCUCCCAGUCAAAGGACAUAGAGGACGCCAUUCAUUAUCAUAGAAAUGCGGGAUAUACUCAAGAAAAAGAAAAUAUUCAGUCGCUUCCAUUACGCUCAUAUCUAGAUAUUUCCGUUGUUCCUAUUCUCAUUGAAGGGCUCAAAGUUGUUGCAAAAGAGAGGCCACCCAACCCCACAGAAUUUCUUGGAAUCUAUCUACUGAAGAAUGGUAGAAAAUAA